CUGGUCUCCAAUUGAGUCAUAGCUGGGAAGUUAGCUGCAACACCAACAAAGAACAAAGAUGAUAUGAAAGCUCACUAUCUCUACACAGUUGCGUAUUUGUGCGUUAAUUAGGAGCCGGGGCCCGCCGCCACUUUUACUACCACCGAAAUCCAGUAUUAAAGCAAACUUACAGCAGCAUUACGGAGUAGGAGCAGCUGCAUGCUCCGGUGCCGCUUGCUCCCUCCUUUCAGAGCAUCCGUUUUCUUUGCAUCGACUAUGUCCGCUGACGGGCCAUCAUCGUCAGCCGCAAGGGGCGAACCCCAAGGGUUUCCUUGGCAGGACAAACCCAGCCGUCCCAGUCCCUCACCAGAAAAAAAUACAUCUGGCGCAUUUGACGUCGUCCAGACUUACCGCGAGCUCCUCAACUCCGACCGAGAACUCACGAUGGGCGUCGCUGCUAUCGAAUCGCUCAUCGAGGUUCUUCGCGCGACUCCUUCGUCCACGGCCAUGGAGACAGUCGAGGUCGUUAAGAAAGAAAAGGCCAAACUCCUGGCGUCCACACCAAACCCGCUCCCGUUACUCGCCGGCGCCGAUCUAUUCGAGCAGUACUUGCUGCGGUCGCUUAGAGGGCCGACCGCAGAGGGCGUAACAGGGAGCGCGUCGGACCGGGUGCUCAGCUUCGAGGAGACGCGGCAGCACCUGCUCAACAACAAGCAGCUCUUCGCGCAGCGCGCUAAGGCCGCGCGGGAUAGCAUCGCCAUCUGGGGCAGCCGGUACGUGUCGGACGGGCGCAUCGUGCUCACGGCGGGCGGCAGCCGGACGGUGACCAAGAUCCUCCUGCGCGCGGCGGCCGAUCCGAGCAAGCACUUCAAGGUAAUCUACGUGGUGGACGGGCGCAACAAGCGGAGCGACGUGGCGGUCGCGCAGCUCCGCGAGGCCGGGCUCGAGGUCGAGACCAUCUCGCCGCACAAGGUCGCCUACGUGCUGGGCAACCAGAAGCUCAUCAACCUCGUGCUGGUCGGCACCGAGGUGGUGAUGCAGAACGGCGGCAUCAUCUCGGGCAUGGGCACGGCCCAGCUGGCGCACCUGACCAAGACGGUGAAGGGCGGCAUCAAGCGGUUCUACGUCGCCGCCGAGACGCACAAGAUCUGCCGCAAGACCCCGAUUGCGUAUCCCAUGGUGAACCGCGUCGGCGUGAACCAGAAGGAUAUCAGCAAGUUCGACAAUGUCGGCGUGGACGUGGGCCUGGACCCGGAAACCGCCGGCAUGCUUGCCGAGCAGGACGAGGUGGACUACACGGAUCCGGAGCUCAUCGACGGCAUCAUCACCGAGCAGGGCGUCAAGAUGGCGUCGGCGAUCUGGGAGAUGGUGGAUGUAUAUCUCUGAGUCGAGUGGCCGGCAAAAUGACUGGUCGCUCUGGUAUCUCAUCUGCUGUAUUGCUGGCUGAGUACCUAUGCGAGGUGGCCCGGUGUGAUCUGGCACGCCUCAUCCAUGGCUUGUCAGGGGAGCUAGAGCAUCAUUUGGGCGUUUUUGGGUUUACGGAAAAGGGGCAAAGGGGUUGGUUGGAGUGUCGGUUUGAUUUGUUUUGGGUGGUCCAAUUGGUGAGGAUGCAUUUCUUUUCCAUCCAUCGACGGAGCAUGCAGGCGCUGGCAGUCCCUCACAGGAGAAUGAGGGUGGAAAAAUCUCAGCAGGACCG